GGCGGGGUCUGAUGGAUUUCAAGAAGGAGUCAGAGAUCAGCUUAAGGGCAAAGGCUGGAAGCAGAGCGAACUGGGAGCAGAACACACAGAGCGAUGGAGCGAGAGAUCCCCGCCCUGGGCUGGGCCGUGGCUGCCAUCCUGAUGCUGCAGAUGGCCAUGGCGGAGCCCUCCCUGGGAACUCUGCACAGGAACGCAGGGGUGUUUUCAGACCUAAGCAACCAAGAGCUGAAAGCAGUGCACAGCUUCCUCUGGUCCAAGAAGGAGCUGAGGCUGCAGCCCUCUAGGGCCCCCACCGUGACCAAGAACACUGUGUUCCUCAUUGAGAUGCUGCUGCCCAAGAAGCACCAUGUGGUGAGGUUUCUGGAUAAAGGUGAAAGGCAUCCUGUGCGGGAAGCCCGUGCUGUCAUCUUCUUUGGUGACCAGGAGCACCCGAAUAUCACUGAGUUUGCUGUGGGACCCCUGCCAGGGCCCCGCUACAUGCGAGCACUGUCCCCCAGGCCUGGGCACCAGUCCUCCUGGGCAUCGAGGCCCGUGUCCACAGCAGAGUAUGCCCUCCUCUACCACACCGUGCAGGAAGCCACCAAGCCCCUGCACCAGUUCUUCCUCAAUACCACAGGCUUCUCAUUCCAAGAUUGCCAUGACAGAUGCCUGGCCUUCACCGACGUGGGCCCCCGGGGCUUGGCUUCUGGCCAGCGCCGCAGUUGGCUUCUCAUACAGCGCUACGUAGAAGGCUACUUUCUGCACCCCACUGGGCUGGAGCUCCUCGUGGAUCACGGGAGCACAGAUGCCCGGCACUGGGCCGUGGAGCAGGUGUGGUACAACGGGAAGUACUAUGGGAGCCCAGAGGAACUGGCUCGGAAGUAUGCAGAUGGAGAGGUGGACGUGGUGGUCCUGGAGGACCCACUGCCUGGGGGCAAGGGGCAUGAGAGCACAGAGGAGCCGCCCCUCUUCUCCUCCUACAAGCCCCGCGGGGACUUCCCCAGCCCCAUCCAUGUGAGCGGCCCCCGCUUUGUCCAACCCCACGGCCCUCGCUUCAGGCUGGAGGGCAAUGCUGUGCUCUAUGGGGGUUGGAGCUUUGCCUUCCGGCUGCGCUCCUCCUCCGGGCUGCAGGUCCUGAACGUGCAGUUUGGUGGAGAGCGCAUUGCCUAUGAGGUCAGCGUGCAAGAGGCAGUGGCCCUGUAUGGAGGACACACACCUGUAGGCAUGCAGACCAAGUACCUCGAUGUGAGCUGGGGCCUGGGCAGCGUCACUCAUGAGUUAGCCCCCGGCAUCGACUGCCCGGAGACCGCCACCUACCUGGACACCUUCCACUACUAUGACACCGAUGACCCGGUCCAUUAUCCCCGAGCCCUCUGCCUCUUUGAAAUGCCCACAGGGGUGCCCCUUCGGCGGCACUUUAAUUCCAACUUUAAAGGUGGCUUCAACUUCUAUGCAGGGCUGAAGGGCCAGGUGCUGGUGCUGCGGACAACUUCCACCGUCUACAAUUAUGAUUACAUUUGGGACUUCAUCUUCUACCCCAACGGGGUGAUGGAGGCCAAGAUGCAUGCCACUGGCUUCGUCUUCGCCACCUUCUACACUCCUGAGGGGCUGCGCCACGGCACUCGCCUGCACACCCACCUGAUUGGAAACGUACACACUCACUUGGUGCACUACCGUGUCGACCUGGAUGUAGCAGGCACCAAGAACAGCUUCCAGACACUGCAGAUGAAGCUAGAAAAUAUCACCAACCCCUGGAGCCCGAGACACCGCAUCGUCCAGCCGACCGUGGAGCAGACACGGUACUCCCGGGAGCGCCAGGCAGCCUUCCGCUUCAAAAGGAAGCUGCCCAGGUACCUGCUCUUUACCAGCCCCCAGGAGAACCCCUGGGGCCACAAGCGCAGCUACCGCCUGCAGAUCCACUCCAUGGCUGACCAGGUGCUGCCCCCAGGCUGGCAGGAGGAACAGGCCAUCACCUGGGCAAGGUACCCCCUGGCAGUGACCAAGUACCGGGAGUCCGAGCUGCGCAGCAGCAGCAUCUACCACCAGAACGACCCCUGGGACCCGCCCGUGGUCUUUGAGAAAUUUCUUCACAACAAUGAGAACAUUGAAAAUGAGGACCUGGUGGCCUGGGUGACGGUGGGCUUCCUGCACAUCCCCCACUCGGAGGACAUUCCCAACACAGCCACACCUGGGAACUCCGUGGGCUUCCUGCUCCGGCCAUUCAACUUCUUCCCAGAGGACCCCUCGCUGGCAUCCAGAGACACUGUGAUCGUGUGGCCUCGGGACAACGGCCCCAACUACGUCCAGCGCUGGAUCCCUGAGGACAGGGACUGCUUGAUGCCUCCCCCUUUUAGCUACAAUGGGACCUACAGACCCGUGUGACCAGCCCCUGCCCCCAGUUCCUCCCAAGAAGCCCAGGAGCCUGGCUGGGGCAGACAAUAAACCUUCAGAGCUUCA